AUGGCACGUCAUCCCUGGUGGUUAGAUUCUGAAAACCCUGUCAUAAUCCAAGACAUAUUAAUAUCUUUAAGCAGUGACUUAGCUAAAGUGCUGGAGAGCCGUGGGGUAUUAGACAGCGUACAGAGGUUUUCCUUGCUUCCAACCUACCUACCAGUGACUUACAAUAUUCAUCAGAGUGAUGUUUUCUUCUUCCUAAAGGAAGCCAACCAGGAUAUCAUGAGAAAUUCCAGCCUGCAGUCACGAAUUGAGUCUUUUCUCAUUUAUAAAGCCAAAAAACAACCUGUCAUGAACGCCACAUAUGGACCAUUUUUUGUUGAACAAGAAGUGCCACGAGAUUUACUUUUUUUCCCCAACCAUUUUGGAUUUACAGACAAAUUUACAUUUAAUUGGAAGAUCAAAGCUUACAUCCUGAAGAAUAAAAUUUUUCGGACUAAACCUAAAGUUCAGAUAUUGUUUUAUAUUGUGGGGAGAGACUGGGAUGACUACAGCACUACAGAAAAGCUACCAUGUGUUAAGGUGUUUGCUUUUCGGGAAACUAGAGAAGUAAAAGGCAGUUGCAAAUUGACAAGUGAUCUAGGGUUGUGUGUUGUUGAACUGGAACUGCUUGAAAGCUGGUUUGAUCCACCAACAGUUGUUGCCGGCCAUAAAAGAAUGAUGGAACAGCCUGAUGGUAGCCCUGUAGAAAUGUAUUAUGCUAUUCAACCAAGUGAUGAGAAGGGAGAGUGUGUCAAGGAAGACACCAAGAAAAGUCGGUUAUCACACAGUUUCAUGGACGAUACUGGUCCACCAUUGCAGAGAAUUGGAAGUGUUUAUCUCUAUCAAGCCCUCAGUAGCAAUUCUUCAAUUGAAGUUCAGAUUGAUGGUAAUUUGACUAUACGAUCUUUAUCCCGGAAUAUAAGAAUAGGGGAUAUUCUGACAUAUUUUUUGUUUGCCUCUAAAAAUUUUACACACGCCAAAUUCAAACUAAGGGCUAAGCUUACAGAAGGUGUCAGUACAUUUGGUAUAAGGACUAGUUCACAUUUAUGGGAUGUUAAAGAAAACAUGGAUUUUCCUGGGCGAUUGUCUCCUGUUAUCAUUGACUGCCAGAGGAAAUAUCCCAUUUCAGAAAACAGCAUAGGAGAAAGCUUUUAUGAACUUUUCCAGAUAGACUUCAGGGUUGGCAGUGCAACAGACCCAUCAGGAGUCCAGAUAAUCACCUGGCAAGUGGAAUACCCUGGACAGGCUGUUUCAGAACCCGGAGUAUCCAAAAUAUACGUCAGUGAAAGAGACAUUGUGGCUGUUAUACCACUUGCAAUGGAAGCAGAGAUUCUGAACACUGCUAUUCUCACUGGGAAAACGGUAGCAGUCCCUGUUAAGACUGUCAGUGUAGACAGCAGCAGCUCAGUGACCGAUAUUUCUGAUGCAGUGGAAUGCAAAUCAUCUGAUGAAGAUGUCCUAAAGGUUUCAGAGCGAUGUGACUAUGUCUUUGUAAAUGGAAAGGAAAUGAAGGGAAAGGUUAAUGCAAUAGUGAAAUUCACGUAUCAACAUUUCAAAGCCUCACUAGAAAUGACAGUUUGGGUGCCACGGCUCCCUCUGCUGAUAGAUGUGUCUGACACCGAAUUAAAUCAGAUCAAAGGUUGGAGGGUUCCUAUAAUGACGAAUAAGAGACCAGCUAGGGACAGUGAAGAUGAUGAUGACGAUGAUGAUAGAAAGGGCAAAGGUUGUACUUUACAAUACCAACAAGCCUUACUUAAAGUCCUUACGCAGUUCAUUGCCGAAUCUACUGAUGUAACCGGACAACUCAAUUACCUGCUUGGAUCUGAUUGGCAGGUGGACAUAACUGACCUAAUUAGUGAAUUUAUCCAGAUGGAUGACCCAAAAGUUCUACGAAUCCAAGGCCAGAUGCUGAUUGGGCAGGAAGCUGGUAUGACAACUCUACAGAUACUGUCCCCUCUUUCAGAUGCCAUCCUAGCUGAGAAGACAGUGAUGGUUGUAGAUGAGAAGGUGACAGUCACAGAUUUAGGAAUUCAGGUAGUGACAGGAUUGUCACUAUCCCUUCAGCUCAGCACCGGGAGCAGCAGGGCAAUCUAUGCAGCUACUAUAGCACAUGAGCACUUUAAUUCUCCAAAACAGGAAGUAGAGAUCAGUUGCUGGAUCCAGUUUAGUGAUGGCACAGUGACUCCAUUAGAUUUUUAUGAUCCUAAAGACUUUUCGCUAAGUGUGACAUCAUUGAAUGAAAAGAUUUUUACUGUUUCUCAAGACGCCAAAUCAAAAUGGCCAAUUUUUUCAGCUGUUGCAGAAGGCCAGGGACCACUGGUCAAGGUAGAACUCAUGAUAAGUGAGCUUUGCCAAAAGUCAAAACGAAAGAGCAUCCUUACUAUUGGUGUUGGACACAUAAAAGUCAAAUUUGGGCAGGAUAACAAGAAUGAGAGUAGAAAUGUACAUUAUAGGGAUCGUUAUGAAACCCACUACAUUGGUAGAAGACAGAAGAUUUCGCUAGAAGGUUUGAGACCUGAUGGUGCUUAUUUUGGCACACCAUCCAUGGAAAGAGAUGUCAUGAACAGGGCUACGACUGACAGAUCUCAACUCAACAAGAAACUGGAACGGGAUAGCCUUCUAGAUGAUGACAGCCAACUCCCCAACAUUCCCAUGGAUUUCACCAGUUUUCCUGUACAGGUUGAUAUACCAAGUAAUAAUGGAGAUACAGAAGAAAAUGAUCUUGUGCAAAAUACAAGAGGUCUGAGUGAUCUGGAAAUUGGAAUGUAUGCAUUAUUGGGAGUCUUUUGCCUGGCCAUACUUGUCUUCCUUAUAAAUUGUGUGACGUUUGCUUUAAAGUAUAGGCACAAACAGGUCCCAGUAGAUGAGCAAGAAACUAUGACACAUGCACAUGACUGGGUUGGUCUUACUAAUCGAACAGAAAUUUUGGAAAAUAAUAUUAACUUCCCUUUGCAGCCGGAAGAAUGCAUAACAGCUGUAGACAGAGGAGUAAAUGUUACAGAAGGCAAAUACCUUCUUAACUCAAACCCACCCAAAAUUGUUAAUGGACAGACAUACAGAUCUGCAGAGACUUCCUUCAAUGAAGUGAAGGAACAGAGGGGGGAGUCUGCUGCCUCACCUACCUCUAAAAGGAAACGUGUAAAAUUUACUACGUUUAGUAAUAUCCCUGUGGAAGAUGGCUGCCUUAACAUCAGCCCCAUGUUAGUGAACAAUGAGGACGAUAUAAAAUGGGUGUGCCAGGACUUAGACAUGGGAGAUUGCAAAGAACUUAGAAACUAUAUGGAAAGAUUACAUGAAAAUGUAUGAACACAGACAAGACUUUUAAAGUGUUCAAACUUACAUGGAGUCCUUAAAAGGCUGUUUUUUCAACCGCUAUGUUGCUCCAUGGAAACUAUAUAGGAUGGAAUGACGGAUCCAUGCACAAACCUUUUUAUAUAGAC